CUCAGAGCUGCUUCCCUCUGGGGCAGUCUCGGCCACAAACAACCACCAACGGCCUGCCCGCCCCUCCCCUCCCUGUGAGCUCAGAGCCGCAAGACAAAGUGCUGGGGACCAGGACAGAGACCUGAGAGCAGCCAUGGGCUCCGGAGGAGCGGGUCUCCCUGGGGUCCGGUGGCCCCUGCCUCUCCUGCUUCUGUUCAUGGGUGAGUGCACGGCUCAGGACUCCCCACCCCAGAUCAUAGUCCACCCACAGGACCAGCUGCUCCAGGGCCCCGAGCCCGUCCAGAUGAGCUGCCAAGCCUCAGGCCAGCCGCCUCCCACCAUCCACUGGCUGCUGAAUGGGCAGCCCCUGAGCAUGGAGCCCCCAGACACACACCAGCUCCUACCUGAUGGAACCCUGCUGCUGCACUGGCCCUCCACCCAGGCUCAGGCCCGCAACAACCAGGCCCUAUCCACGGACCUGGGCAUCUACACAUGUGAGGCCAGCAACCGGCUGGGCACAGCGGUGAGCCGCGGCGCUCGGCUGUCUGCGGCUGUCCUUCAGGAGGAUUUCCGGGUCCAGCCCCAGGAUACAGUGGCCACGGUGGGCGAGCAGGUGAUCCUGGAGUGCUGGCCACCCUGGGGCUACCCAGAGCCCACGGUCUUGUGGUGGAAGGAUGAGAAACCCCUGGCCCUCCAGCCGGGGCGGCACAGGGUGUCCAGUGGCUCCUUGCGGAUGCUAAGAGCAGAGAAGAGUGACUCGGGGACUUAUAUGUGUGUGGCCACCAACAAUGCGGGACAGCGGAAGAGCCGGGCAGCCAGGGUGUCUGUCCAGGAGCCUCUGGAGCUUCUGGCCGUGCGCAUUCAGCUGGAAAACGUGACCCUGCUGAACCCGGGUCCCUCCAAGGGCACCAAGCCUGCGCCUGCCGUGUGGCUCAGCUGGAAGGUCAGCGGCCCUGCUGCCCCUGCCCAGUCCUACACGGCGCUAUUCAGGACCCAGCCGGUGCCAGGAGGCCAGGGAGCUCCGUGGGCAGAGGCCCUGCUGGCUGGCUCGCAGAGCGCAGAGCUCGGGGGCCUCCGCUGGGGCCAAGACUACGAGUUCAAAGUGAGACCGUCCUCCGGCCGGGCUCGGGGCCCUGACAGCAACGUGCUGCUCCUGAGGCUGCCUGAGCAAGUGCCCAGUGCCCCUCCCCAGGAGGUGACCCUAAAAUCGGGCAAUGGCAGCAUCCUUGUGAACUGGGUCCCACCACCUGCUAAAAACCACAAUGGCAUCAUCCGUGGCUACCAGGUGUGGAGCCUGAGCAACACCUCAUGGCCCCCAACCAACUGGACAGUGGCCGGUGAGCAGACCCAGCUGGAGAUUGCCACCCAAACGCCAGGUUCCUACUGUGUGCAGGUGGCUGCCGUCACCGGCGCUGGGUAUGGGGAGCCCAGUAGCCCCGUCUGCCUCAUUUUAGAGCAGACCAUGGAGCGAGCCACCCGAGAGCCCAAAGACCCCGGCCCAUGGAUCCUGGAGCAGCUGAGAGCAACGUUGAAGCGUCCAGAGGUCAUUGCCACCGGGGCUGUCCUGCUCUGGCUGCUGCUGCUGGGCACCACUGUGUGUAUCCACCGUCGGCGCCGCACUGGGGUGCACCUGGGCCCAGGUCUGUAUAGAUAUACCAGCGAGGACGCCAUCCUAAAACACAGGAUGGACCACAGCGACUCCCCCUGGCUGGCAGACACUUGGCGAUCCACCUCCUGCUCUCGGGACCUGAGCAGCAGCAGCAGCCUAAGCAGCCGGCUGGGAGCGGACCCCCGGGACCCACUAGACUGCCGGCGCUCCUUGAUCUCCUGGGAUCCCCGCAGCCCUGGGGUGCCCCUGCUUCCCGACACCCGCACUUUUUAUGGCUCCCUCAUCGCUGAGCUGCCUUCCAGCCCCCCAGCCCGGCCAAGCCCCCAGGCCCCAGCUCUCAGGCACCUCCGGCCCCAGCUGGCCCGGCUCUCCAGCCCCUGGCCCAGUUCCGACAGCCUCUGCAGCCGCCGGGGGCUCUCUUCCCCUCGCUUCUCUGUGGCCCCCGCAGAGGCUUGGAAGGCCAGAAAGAAGCAAGAGCUGCACCAGGCCAACAGCUCCCCGCUGCUCCGGGGCAGCCACCCGAUGGAGCUCUGGGCCUGGGAGGCAGGAAAUAAAGGCUCCAAGAACCUUUCCCAAAGCCCAGGCUAUUGUUCCCCAGGACCUGUGCCCCGAACUCUGGUUGCCUGGCGGGCCCUGGGACCGCAGAUCCUCAGCUCCUCCAGCGAGCUGACUUGCCCUCUCCCGCCAGCACCCCUCUCUUCUCAUGAACCCCCCACUCAGAAUCAACAGACCCAGCAUGUGGCAGAGCCCCGAGCUCCCUCCCCCCACCCCCUGUCAGCAGCCCCCAUCCCCACCUGUAGGCCCUCCAGUACCGCCAGCCACUCCAGCCACCAGGCCUCCUCCCUGUCCGGUCCCAGCCCAACCUCCAGUCGCCUGUCCAGCUCUUCGCUGUCAUCCCUGGGGGAGGAUCAAGACAGUGUGCUGACUCCUGAGGAGGUGGCCCUGUGCCUGGAGCUCAGUGAGGGUGAGGAGACCCCCAGGAACAGCGUCUCUCCUAUGCCAAGGGCUCCUUCACCCCCCAGCACCUACGGGUACAUCAGCGUUCCCACAGCUUCAGAGCUGGCAGACAUGGGCAGAGCUGCCGGAGGGGUAGGGUCCGAGGUGGGGAGUUUGCUGUGCCCACCUCGGCCCUGCCUCACCCCCACCCCCAGUGAGGGCUCCCUGGCCAAUGGCUGGGGCUCAGCCUCCGAGGACAACGCCCCCAGUGCCAGAGCCAGCCUGGUCAGCUCCUCGGACGGCUCCUUCCUGGCCGAUGCCCACUUCGCACGGGCCCUGGCAGUGGCCGUGGACAGCCUUGGCUUUGGUCUGGAGCCCAGGGAGGCAGACUGCGUCUUCACAGGAGCCUCAUCGCCUCCCUCCCCCCGGGAUGACCGCUUGCUGACUCGCACCCUCUCCCUGCCCCUGUGGGAGUGGAGGUCAGACUGGCUAGAGGACCUGGAGAGCAACCACAUCCAGCGACUGGGCAGAGGGCUGCCGCCCUGGCCCCCCGACUCUUAGAACUCUCCCCAGAGAAGCCAUCUCAGCUGCGCUGCCCCCAAGGCUGGCCAGACUCGUCCUGAGGCAUGUCCCCGAGACUCCCCACCCCAGCCCCCCAAGAAGAGACUCAGAACUCCCUCUCCUAUCAGCCACGGGCCCUGAGGAGGGCUGGGCCCUGGACUGCAGAUCUUGGUCGGUGCAUCUCUACCCUUGGGUACAUCUGGCCUCCAGGAGAGCUCGCCCUCCUUGACCGUGAAAAGGAAUGAAGCAACACAAUCACAGCAAAGCAGACCCGGAGCCCCUGGAGCGGAGAAUGGUCUCCACCUGGCGCCUUGCUUGUCCUUGGCUCUGCCCAACCCCACAACCAAACUGUCUGGCUUAAGGAGCAGCCCAUCUCCUGCUCUCCCAUCCACGGGGAUCAUGAGACAUGGGGGAGCCAGGGGUCUUUCUGGGGGGCAGCGGCAGCUUGUGGGGGUGGGCCGUGGAGGAAGGAGCUCCUCAAGCCUCCCUUCAGCCUCACUGGACUGUGUUCCGUAGAGGGGCUCCACCCCCACCCCCCCCACCCCCACACACACACCAUGUAAAGGAGAUGCAGAGCAGAGCCCUGAGCCACAAGGCCCAACCCAGCACCAGGGCAAAGUCGCAGGCGGACCAGGGAGGGAGCUCCAGGGCGGGAGGAGCGGAAUGGGGACAAAACCACCCUCCCCACACUGCUGUCAAGUGAGCCCAAGGAAUUAAUACUAUGACAUGGCAAUGCCCUGAGUUCCGUGAGCCCUUUUCCCAGAGCGUCGUUGCGGGGUGGAGGGGGGCACGUGGAGACAGAGAAAGAAUUGCCUGAACUGGAAGGGAGCAGACAUUCGCUGACACUGGGCCAUGUCACUCCUCCCUGUCCAGGAACUAAGGGGAGAAUUAUGUUCACCCAUCCGAUUGGAAGCAGGACCCAGGCAAGGGAGGG